AGUAAAAUAACAAAAAUACCGAACUCCUACGAAUAUCCAAAACGGGAAGUCCGUAAUCAAAUGGCACAAUUAAAAUAUAAAACACAUCAAACGAAUGGAUAACAAAUGUCAUAUUCCUGACUUGGUACAGGAAUUUUCUUAUGUAGAAAAUGGUGGAUUAGACCUGGUUUGAUAGCUAGCUAAACCUCUCACUUGUAUGACAGUCCAUUAUAUUGACAACGAUGUGUGAACAAAACAAACAGACAUAAUAGGUAAAAAUGUCAAAAAUAGGGGUACAGCAGUCAACAUUGUUUUAUAAUUUUAAUCACUUUAAAAACAAACAAUUAUGUAACAAAAAAAAACGCAAAAAGGCAUAUACAUAUUUGUUUUUCGUUCAUUUUUUGUACAUUAAUUAGGCCGUUAGUUUUCUCGUUGAAUUGUUUUACAUUUGUUAUUUCGGGGCCAUUUAUAGCUGACUAUGCGGUAUGGGCUUUGGUCACUGUUAAAGGCCGUACGGUGACCUAUAGCUGUUAAUUUCUGUGUCAUUUGGUCUCUUGUGAAGAGCUGUCUCAUUGGCAAUCAUACCACAUCUUCUUUUUUUAUAUAUAGACAAAACACAUUAGCAAAAAUGAAAGACAAUAAAUGAUCAUGAGUUCUAUAAAAAAAAAGAACAAGAAUGUUUCAUGUAAUAAAACUUGAAUAAUUGAGGGUUUUUUUUCAAUAAAGAAAAAUGAAAUCGAUCGAACAAAUUUAAAAAGAAUAAGAAAAAGAGCAAUCACGAAGAAUCCCCAUUUCUGAUUUCGAAUAUGAAUAGAAUAUAAAUAUAUUAACGUGUUAGAUUCUAUUUAUAGAUAUUGUUUAUUUCCUAUAUUAAUGAAAGGAUUUAAACACGACAUUAUUCAUCAAAAUUCAUCGUAUGAUCUGACAAUGGCGGACAGCGGAGAUGGCAAAACGGCUUCUGCUUACCAACCAUCAUUAGAAACGAUGGACAGGAUGCUAGCAACUAUAUAUGGACAAUGUAUUGGGGAUGCAAUCGGACUUCUCACUGAAUUCUUAUCAAAGGAUGAGGCAAAGAUGCAUUAUGAGAAAGUAGCCAAAAAAUUGGAAUAUCGCCAUAAACAGAUCCUUUGUGAUUUUCACAGAUCAAGAUGGCAAGAAGGCGACUGGACAGAUGACAGUGACCAAAUGAUACUAAUCAUGAGGUCUUUAGUCGACUGUGGUGGUAAGGUAGAUCCUGUUGACUUUGCUAAAAAAUUGAAAACCUGGAUACAGAGUGGUUUUAGUGAGUUGGGUGAUUUAGUUGGAUUGGGUUUAGGUCUUACAACAAUGAACGUAACGUCACGUCCAGAAUUCCUGAAAGACCCACAUGAGGUAGCUCGGUUUGUUUGGGAUAAACGUGACAGAAAUAUUGCUCCUAAUGGUGCUGUAAUGAGGACCUCCAUUGUUGGUAUUCACAUGUACUGGACUUUAGAUGAUGUAACAAAAAAUGCAAGGGACUUUGCAAAAACAACACACCACGAUCCAAGAUGCCAGGCUUCUACAGUAGCUGUGUCUGUUGCCAUAGCGACAAUGUUACAAGGAAAGCACAAGGACGAAAAAGGCAAAUUCAAAGUCAAAGACAUAAUACAAGAUGCUUACACAUAUGCAUCAACGUGUUUAGAAACGGAUACAGAAAAGAAAGACCUUAUGUUUUAUUUGACAUGUGAUGAUAUUAAUGAUUUGAAAUUAGAUGAAGCUAACAAAAUUGGCUACACAUACAAAUCUAUGGGAACAGGAUUCUGGGCAUUGAAGCAAGAUGAUUUCCGGAAGACAAUCACUACAAUUAUGAUGCAGGGAGGAGAUGCCGAUUCGAAUGCGUGUGUUGGAGGUGCUUUACUUGGAUGCAAACUUGGUAUGUCUGCUUUACCAGAAUCAUGGUUGACGAAACUUUUACACAAGGACUGGUUGGAUAAUGAAAUUAAAAAAUAUUUUGAAAUGAUGAAAUGGGAAAGGAGUAAUAAAUCAGAAGUAAAAUGAAAAAACUCAACAUGACCGAAGAAAACAAAUGUGUAGAUGUGGAAAAGGACAGUGAGAAACGCUUACUAACCAUUUACAAGUUGGAAAAUGUCAGAUAAUCGCGAUAUUAUUUCACUAUUUGCUUUGCCUAACACAGUUGUUUCCCUAUUACUUCUGCACUGUCUCGCCAUCUAAUGACUAUACUGACUGUUGAUUUAAUACCUUAUGAACACGAGUGAAAUAUAAAAAAUUAGCAUGGAAAGACAGUUUGGGAUAUCUGACAAUAAACGUGAGGUUGUCGUUCUUUUUAUAUAUAGAGUCGGCUUUACUUUGUAGUUCGAGAUGAUUUAAAAUGAAAAGAAUUACAGCAAGUUAAUCUGAGAGGAAAAAUGAGAUUUACCAACAUUUUUCUGGCAUUAACCUUUAGUAUAGAAAUGGUAGAUGUCUUAACUACUGAUUUUUUUUCAGAUUAAGGAGAACUUAUUUUUAAAUAAUUUAACUCAAGUAUACUAAUUGGACCAUGAUUCAUUGUUGCCACCCUUCAUCUUGAUUUAAAACUCAAUAUUCAAUGACAUGUAUAAAUUGUCUGGUCCUUCGAAGGUGAGUUUGAGAGAGACACGUCUGUAUGUCUGUCUGUAUGUUUGCAUCACUCCUCUUACAGUUUUAAAUUAUCAGGAUUUUCCUUUACUGAGUUUUUUUUUUCAAAGUUUAAGCUUUUUCAAUUUUUAUCAAAAUUCUGUGAAUAAUGGUACAUGUUUUUCAUGUCCUUUGCUUCUUUUUUUUUCAUAGUUCUCUUUUUAUCAUGAAGAUUUUAAAAAUUAGCACAAUGGUGUUUUAAGCGUGAAACAAACUUUAUUGAUUCUUAAAAAGAUUACAAAUUAUUUACAUUUAAUUUAGUCAAUUCUUGAAAAAAAUAAGCGUAUCUAGCACAGCAAUGUCCUCUUUCAGAUUUGAAGGAAAGUAAAUUCGUUUUCUUGAUGUUUGUUUGUGCUACAAAUGCGUUUUAUGGAAUUGUCAGCACCAAGAGCAUUAGAAUAUUUUUACUUAAUCAAAGAUUGCCGAGCGCAGUCAUUUCUAUUCUAUAUCAAUAUGAUAAACUCUGAAGCAGUCGUGACAAAAUGCUACAGUUCUCGAAGAGAAAGGGAAGUAUGACCCGAAAGGAGUUUGUCAAUAUGGGUGAUAUAUGAUUUGAAAUUUUUUUUUUGUACCAUUAUUAACUGUAUUGCAAGGAAAAUACAUGUGUCAAACGGAAAUAAAUACAAGAGGUCAAUGACUUGGUGCUAAUAACACAUUUUAAAGGUUAUAAACGUUUUGUAUGAGAAUAAAGUAUGUUUGAUUCAGCUUUUUUUAAUUGUAUAACAUGGAAUAUCUGUAUUGGUAUAGAUAUAUUUGUGCAAUAUCUGAAAACAUAUAAUGGUGUGGAAUUUGAAUAACCAUAUAUGUGCAAUAUUUUAUAUACAUGCUAUAAUUGUUAAAAACUUUUCAUUAAACGUCUUCUAACUUUCUUCCCAUCUAUUAUAAGUGUAUAAAUAUUUACUCUUUUAUAGUCAAUUCGAGUUCUGUAAAUGUUAAAAGUGAUCUAUUUAAUAGUCAUAUUGUGGUAUUUAUCUGAAUUUUUAUAUAAUAUUUUUCUUAUUGUUUUAUGAACUUGAACAAUUUUUGUCAGAAGUGGGGUUUUUUUUAUUCAAAAGCAGCCCAUUAGGUCUCUAUAGGAAAUGUGUAUUUGAACAUCCAACCUAUACAGAGAAAGAUACAUUCAUUAUUAUUUAAGUUGCAUAAUAUUUAUUUUAUUGGCGCUUCUUUUAUCGAAAGUUAAGCUCAAAUGUUAAAAAGUUUUAAUAUAUCAAACAUAUGGUAUACACUGCAUUGUUAUAGAGGUCUAAUAAAUAUAAACUUAUAGUGACUCUCUGUUUCCGUACCUGCAUAAUAACAAUGUUAGUGAUAUAUAUGAUGUUUAUUCAAUGUUAAAUGUUAAACUUAAAUUUUUUUAUUAUGUUUGAUACUGUAUUGUUAUAAAGUAUUCAUUAAAAUAAAGAUAUAGUCAUA